UUGUGUGGUUCGUUUAGUUCUUUGUUGUUGUUUGGCCCUCGCAUUUCGCCCGUCGUCUGAAUUUCAGUGAUAUGCGCGCUAUUCGGUGAUAAGCAGUGUACUUAACAAAUCAGCGACUGUUGACAAUAAGCAAGGGCCUGUGUGGGAGCAGCUUGAGAUGCUAAAAUAGAAGCCCCCUUGGAGACGAAUUGCAAGUGCAAACUGCAGCGCGGUGCAGCGUAUACGCGCUUCAGUGCAGCGCCGAUCAACGGAACGGAUCCGAUCUGGACUGGACUGAGCUAUAGCCCUAGAAUAGCCAGGCCAAAACAGCGGCAGCCAUGAAGUUCGCCGAGCACCUGUCGGCGCACAUAACGCCUGAGUGGCGCAAACAAUACAUCAACUAUGAGGAAAUGAAGGCCAUGCUGUAUUUGGCCGUGGAGGAGGCGCCAUCGGUGGAGAGUGUAGAGGAUGAUGUGCUGAAGCGGCAUUUUGCCAACUUCGAUGAGAACUUCUUUCAUUUUUGCGACAAGGAGCUAAAGAAGAUCAACACAUUCUACUCAGAAAAGCUGGCAGAGGCCACUCGUAAAUUUGCCACCCUAAAUGCCGAGCUUAAGACCUCCAUUGAGGAGUCGGAGCGGAGUGCCAAGAAGUCCAAGGGCCAGAAACGGCAUGCCGCGCUGCCGGAUCGCAAGGCCCGCGAACUGAAGUUGGCCUUCAGCGAGUUCUACCUGAGUCUGAUCCUCCUGCAGAACUAUCAGAAUCUGAAUCACACCGGCUUCCGUAAAAUACUCAAGAAGCACGAUAAACUUUUACGCGUUGAUACCGGUGCUAAAUGGAGGCAGGAGUAUGUGGAGGCGUCGCACUUCUUCACCAACAAGGAUAUCGACAACAUCAUCAACGAGACGGAGACGACGGUCACUGGCGAACUGGAGGGCGGCGAUCGGCAGCGGGCAAUGAAGCGACUUCGAGUUCCACCGCUGGGCGAACAGCAGAGUCCGUGGACCACCUUCAAGGUGGGCCUCUUCUCCGGCAGCUUCAUAGUGCUGGGCAUUGUGGUGGUGCUGUCGGCCAUCUUCCACGAAAUCAGCGGCGAGAACCUGAAGGUCACGUUCCGCCUGUAUCGCGGUCCCCUGCUCAUCAUCGAGUUCAUCUUUCUCAUCGGCGUGAAUAUCUACGGCUGGCGGUCGUCGGGCGUGAAUCAUGUACUAAUAUUCGAGCUAGAUCCGCGCAAUCAUCUAUCCGAACAGCAUCUUAUGGAAUUGGCGGCGAUCUUCGGCGUCAUUUGGACACUCAGCAUGUUGAGUUUUCUCUACAGUGCCAGCUUGGCUAUACCGGCGUUUAUCAAUCCGCUCACGCUUACGCUGAUUAUGGUGCUGUUUUUGGCCAAUCCGUUCCAUGUGCUCCAUCACGAUGCUCGGUUUUGGCUGUGGCGAAUCACUGGUCGCUGUCUCUCCGCACCGUUCUUUCAUGUGGGCUUCGCCGAUUUCUGGCUGGGUGAUCAGCUGAAUUCGUUGGCUACAGCGAUCCUGGACUUCGAGUAUCUGAUUUGUUUCUAUUUCACAAAUGGCAACUGGACGGAGGCAAGGGAUGCCUCUAUUUGCAUGGAGAAGGACUUCAUCAUCCGGCCGAUUGUCAAUUGCCUGCCCGCUUGGUUUCGAUUUGCCCAGUGCCUGCGGCGAUAUCGCGACUCGCGGGAGGCUUUUCCCCAUUUGGUAAAUGCCGGCAAAUACUCAACCACCUUCCUAGUAGUGAUCUUCGCCACCCUCAAGAGCUUUCACAGUCCGAACUAUGCCAGCACGUUUGACAAUCCCUAUACCUGGCUGUGGAUCAUUGCCUCGAUUGUAUCCUCUUGCUAUGCCUACACCUGGGACAUCAAAAUGGAUUGGGGUCUGUUCGACAAGAAUGCCGGCGAGAAUACUUUCCUGCGCGAGGAAGUCGUCUACUCUUCGACGGGUUUCUACUACUUUGCCAUUGUCGAAGAUUUGGCAUUACGCUUUAUUUGGGCGCUGUCUUUCUACCUUACCGAGAUGAAAAUAGUGAGCAGUGAUAUAAUGACCUCCAUCACAGGCAUCCUGGAGGUGUUCCGGCGCUUUGUUUGGAACUUUUUCCGAUUGGAGAACGAACAUCUGAACAAUUGUGGUAAGUUCCGAGCUGUGCGUGACAUCUCCAUAGCGCCGCUGGACUCCUCCGACCAGGCGCUCAUCCUGCGCAUGAUGGACGAGAGCGAUGGAGUGAUCAAUCGCUACACGAAGACGAACAGACCGAAGCCCAAGAAGGUCAAGGAUCCGGAGAAGCGGAGUCUGUUGCAGACUCGAGGAUCGCUGCCCGAUCUCAGGAUCGAUAUGGACAGUAAAAAAUUGUAGGCAGCGAUCUGCGCCCACCAAAUUGUGCUUCCUAAUGAACGAUUUUGCGGAACGUGUUAUACGACAGUUUAUCAAUAAUUCUAUUUACAUUUUUUUUUUAAAUUAAUUUUUUUCGCGUUGUUUAGCUAAUUUGUAUAUUUAGUGACUAAGUACUUAAAGUUGAGGAGAGACAAUGUCCAGCAAUAAUUAGUGCAUAAGUUUUCUAACUAAUUUAGCAUUCCAUUUAUGCGGUGAACUAACUAAAAAGACCAACCUAUAUAUCUACAACCUAUUCCCUAUGCCCGUAACCCUUAGCCCCUAAGCCACAUUUCCACGUUUCCAAAUCCAAUUCGAAAUCCACACCUUUCACAAUAAUUGGAGUAGAGAACGGCAGUAUUAGUACUUAGAAAAGGCGAACAAAAUAACAAAAACCAAACAAAAGAAAAACAACUGCAUUACCUGCAGCCACCACAUUCCUCUAUCUAUCAGUGUAUGUUUAUCGUUAGUCAAUUAGUUAGAUUUGCCUUAUCUGUUAUCUGUCUGUCCACCUGUCGAUUGAUAUACGACAUAGACUGUGACCAAACCGAAACUUAAACUGAAACUAAAACUGAAACUGAAACCGAAAGGAAUUGUACAUAGUAUACAUAUAGUUGUGCCUGUGAGUGUGUUUCUCUCAGUGUGUGUGUAAGCAAGGUCUAGAAUUCCAAAGUAGAUUUGAUUAAUACUGAAUGAGAAUAUUGAAAAGAGACUUGAAAAGUAAAAUCUUGUAUAUACGAACAAUACAGAUGUCUACAAAAAAUAUACGCAUAGGCUUAAGAACAUUUUGUCAGAUAUUUAAUGAAGACUUUGUCAGUUUUUGCCAUAACUAGCUCGUAUUUUGAGCUCUACUUCGACCCCAAUUUGCCUUGUCAAAAUAAAUAAGUCUAAUUUGUAAAAUUGCUUUUGAUACGAUACAAAAACUAGUGCACAAAAUCGGAACUACUUACUAAACGAUGUGUUUGUGAAAUCUCAAGAGAUUAAAUAUUUGAAUGCCUUUGAAAGAAGGAAGAAAUCUCUAGGGAUUUCAAAAACACUUCGCUUUUGUAUAUACUCUAGUUCACAAGUCUUGACCUUAAGCUAAAUAGUUAACUAAUCCACACACACACACAAUACGUAUUGUACACCUUCGCUAGAAAUCCCGAGAACAAGAAACGAAAUAAAGACGGCUUGAAGUAUGCAGAAAAAAA